UGUUUGACUGGCUCGUCGCUCGCUCAUUCGCUCGCAGCGCUGGUACUAGGAUGAUGCACCUGCCUUGCCCUCCGGACCGUUAUCGGAGCAUUGGAUUUACCAAGAACGCACCGAAUUGAAUGGAGUAUCUUUAAUUUAACCGGUGGUUUCGCAAAGUUCUGAACAAACUGGGAGUAUUAUCUGAUCAUGCAUAAUUUGGCGCCCUUGUGGAUGUUUCACUGACGCCAAUAUCAACACUAUUCCGUAUUCCAAGGAAGGACAAGAGAAGGAUGGACCAAGCAUUUCUAUCAUUCACAGUUACAAUGGGCUCGUUAAAAGUUUAUUUUGCGCUUUGUACUUUUUGCUUCUUGUCAGUUUCAGGUUUCGGGGUCGACCCUGCCCUGCGUGUUAACGUCUUCGACGAACUGAGGCUCGGAGAGACUUUCGCUGGUGUUUUCCAAGUUCAGGGUUUCCACAACGACAGCAGAGCAUACCUGUUCCAAGACUCGUGGAGGAGCGUGCGUGCCUCUGCGGAGGUGGCGGAGCAGGUGUUUGAGCGCCUGAGAGGGAGGGCGGAGUUCACCCUGCUCUUCACAGUCAAACAGGAGCGCCUCAACUCUGGUGUGCUGCUCUCCAUACACUAUGCUGAACAGAGGUUCCUGGAGCUGGAGAGCAGUGGUCCGCGCAGUGAGAUCCGGCUACACUACAGCACUGGCGACCAGCGUGCCCACACCGAGGUGUUCCCCUACAGCCUCGCCGAUGACCGCUGGCACAAGGUCGCCGUGGGAAUCAGCGCCUCACACCUGGUGCUGCACGUGGACUGCAGCAAGAUCUACGAGAGGGUUGUGGAGUCUCCUUCCAUGGACAUCCCCAGUGGAAGCACCCUGUGGCUUGGACAGAGGAACAAAGCCCAUGGCUUUUUUAAGGGCAUCAUGCAGGACGUGCAUCUGGUCAUGAUGCCCCAGGGCCACAUUGCCCAGUGCCCAGACCUCAACCGCACGUGUCCUACGUGCAAUGACUUCCAUGGGCUGGUACAGAAGAUCAUGGAGCUGCAGGAUAUCCUGGCCAAGACCUCCAGCAAGCUGAGUCGUGCGGAGGACAAGAUGAGGUCCCUGGACGGUUGCUACUGUGAGAAGACCUGCAGUCUAGACGGAGAAACCUACAGGGAGGAUGAGUCCUGGAUAGACGGCUGCAACAACUGCACAUGCUCAAAUGGCACAGUCCAGUGUGAGGCCAUUUUCUGCCCGCCUCCUCAGUGCCCCCCAGACACAGCGCCAGCCUACAUGCCCGGUGCCUGCUGCAAAGAGUGCCAGCCUGUGUGUCUGUUCAGGGGUCGCGUGUAUGUGGAAGGUGAGAGGAAGAGCGUGCGUGAUGUGGCGGGGAACUGCCUCCUGUUUGAAUGUCAGGACCGUUCCAUGCGGCGGGUGGAGAACGCUGCUUGUCCGGAGCUGAACUGCCCAAAGUCGGAGCAGAUUACACUGACUGACCGCUGCUGCAAAGUCUGCCGAGGCCAUGACUUCUGUGCUGAGGGCCACAGUCAGAGCUGUGUGGAGAACUCCGACUGCAUUAACCUGGAGGCAGGAGCCUGCUGCAGCUGCAGAGACGGCUACCGCGCACUGAGGGACGACAGUGCCUACUGCCAAGAUGUAGAUGAGUGUGCGGAGGGGAAACACUACUGCAGAGAGAACACAGAGUGUGUGAACACAGCCGGCUCCUUCAUGUGCAUCUGCCACGCCGGAUUCAUCCGCAUCGACGACUACUCCUGCACAGAGCAUGAUGAGUGUGUGAGCGGGCAGCACGACUGCGAUGAGAACGCCCUCUGCUUCAACACCGUGGGCGGUCACAGCUGCUCCUGUAAGCCAGGCUACGUCGGAAACGGCACCGUCUGCAAGCCGUUGUGUGAUGGCCUCUGUCAGAAUGGGGGUUCGUGUGUUUCCCCGGACACCUGUAUCUGCCAGCAGGGUUUCACUGGGAAGAGGUGUGAGACAGACAUUGACGAGUGCGCGAACGGCUUUGUGGAAUGCGACAGUCGCGCCACCUGCAUCAACCUGCCGGGAUGGUACCACUGUGAGUGCCGCGAUGGCUACCACGACAACGGGAUGUUCUCAGCCAAUGGGGAGUCGUGCGAAGACAUAGAUGAGUGUGAGAAUGGCAGACACACCUGCUCCAAUGACACCGUGUGCUUCAACAUGGAUGGAGGCUACGAUUGCAGGUGCCCUCACGGCAGGAACUGCUCCGGAGACUGUAACCAUGACAGCAAGGUCAAGCACAACGGACAGAUCUGGGUGCUGGACAGUGACAGGUGCUCUGUCUGCUCCUGCCAGACUGGCCAGGUGAUGUGCAGGAGGAUGGUGUGUGACUGUGAGAACCCGACGGCUGACCUGUUCUGCUGCCCAGAGUGUGACCCACGCCUCAGCAGCCAGUGCAUGCACCAGAACGGCCUCCUCACCUACAGCAGCGGAGACACCUGGGUGGAGAACUGCCAACAGUGCCAGUGUAUGCGUGGUGAGGUGGACUGUUGGCCGGUGUCGUGCCCGCCCGUGCUGGACUGUGAGUUCACGGUGGUUCCAGAGGGCGAGUGCUGCGCGCGGUGCGUCUCCGACCCGUGCCAGGCCGACGCCGUCCGCAACGACAUCACCAAGACGUGCGUGGACGAGCACGGGGUCACCCGCUUCAGCGGCUCCGCCUGGACCAAACACGGCACCGAGUGUACACUCUGCCAGUGCAAGAAUGGCCAUGUCUGUUGUUCAGUGGACCCCCUGUGCCUUUAGUUUCUCUGUGGGGGCAGUCUCCCUCCUUCCCUCUAUCCAUCCUUUCUUCCAUCCAGUGUCCUCAUCCUGUCCACCUCUCCUCUCCUCCUCCUCUCCUCCUCCUCCACCUCUCCUCCUCUGCUCUGUACAGCCCCAUGUUCACGCUCCCCUGAGCCCAUUUUAUACCAGACAUCCCCUUUGAGCACCACACUAAUCCGCCUCCGGGACCUCCAGCACCACUAGGGCUGCCCACUCGCUCCUGGCCAGGAAGAGGCUCCGGGUCCCAGGCAAGACUCUGGGUGGUCGGGGCCUUCAGCCUUCAUUCUCCCCAUUCAUACUGUUUCCUGUAAAUAGCCUCCCUUCCCCCCUCCCCCUUAAAAAGAAUAAAAAAUAAAACAGCACCCAGUUAGCUCUGCUGGCAUGGCAGUUAACAGUGUUGAUUGUUUUGCAAAUUUGAGGGUUCAAGUUUAUCAGUAACAGGAAGAAAAGAUGCAAAAUACGAAGAUCUUGAUGUUGUGAGUUAACUUUUUCUUUUGGUUGGAUUGUUUUGAGUUCCUGUUCAUUUAUUUUUGGUUUGUUUGUUUGUUUGUUUGUUUUGUUGGAGAUUGUUGACAUUUUGUUGGUGGUUUUGUGCUUUUGCUUUGUUUUCUGCGGUCGGUGUUUAAGUUAUUUGAUGGCUUUGGUGUCGUGAAACAGUGAAAAUAAACAUUUCCUUUUAAACAA